UUAUUCGAUCAUAUCGCCGCGUGUUUGGCCAAUUUUAUGGAGGAGAAUGGUCUGAAAGGUGCCGAAAAGCUUCCACUCGGAUUCACUUUUUCAUUUCCGGUCAAUCAAGAAGGUCUUGAUGUCGGCAAACUUAUUCACUGGUCGAAAGGUUUCAACGCAACUGGAGUUCAAGGUCAAGACGUUGUGAAGCUUCUCAAAGAAGCGUGUGCGAGACGUGGUGUAAGUUCACCAAAUCAAUCAUCCUCAUUCAUUGAUCUGGAUAUGGACAUCGAUGUGGUUGCGAUCCUUAACGAUACGGUCGGAACACUUUUGGCGUGUGCUUUCAAAGAGAAUUCAUGUCAGAUUGGUGUUAUUCUCGGUACUGGCACGAAUGCGUGUUACAUGGAGAAAUUGAGUAAUUGCCCAAAAUUAAGAAAACUCCAUCUGGAAAAGGACAAUUUCCCAAAAGAGAUGAUAAUCAAUAUGGAAUGGGGUGCGUUUGGUGACGAUGGUGGUUUAGACUUCAUUCGCACACCUUACGACGCAGCAGUUGACGAAGCUACUGUCAAUCCUGGUCUACAUCUGUUCGAGAAGAUGAUCUCGGGUAUGUAUAUGGGUGAGUUGGUACGGCUUGUUCUUGAGCAUCUCGCGAAGCAGAGACUGGUGUUCGAUGGCGAUACCACAGCGAUUUCGCAAGCGAACGUUUUCCCAACCAAAUACGUCUCCGAAAUCGAAGGUGAACAGGAUGAUCCUACAAAUCCCUAUCAAAAGACAAUGCAAAUCCUUCAGGAAAUUGGAAUUGAGAAGCCGAGUGUCGCGGAUUGUACAGCUGUUGCAUACGUUUGUUCGCUUAUUAGUACUCGGUAA